AUGGCCGACUCGAAAGUGACCGCCGCCGCGAGCGCCGGCGUCCCCACCGCGCAAUAUGACCUCACCAACUCCGUCGCGCCCUUCAUGGACCUGCACUUCAUGUUCCCGUUGAUUGACUUUCUCUCCAGCAACGAAAUGUACGACGACAAGGAGCUCCAAGCCGCCAAGCUCGAGCUGCUCAAACCGACGAAAAUGGCGGAUUUCGCCAUUGAAGUCCACCAGGCGUUGCACGGUGCGUCCAAAGUCCCUGCGGAGCUGGAGAAGAAGCGCCACGCUAUCAUUGACGAAGUGAACGCCGCCAAGGGCCAAUGCAAGCCUUUCCUCACCCUCGUGGACGACCAGGACAAGAUCAUCGCGUUGCAGAACGACGGCUUGCUCACCGCCGCGUACCUCGAACAGCAUCAUGCGGUACGCUUCCUCGCUGUAGCUCCUUAUCCUCAUUUCCCAUCGUUCUCAUCGUCUCUCUUGGUGCAGAUCACGUCCGACGUGUUGGAAGGACUGUACACGUACGCCAAGCUCCAGUACGAGUGCGGCAACUACCAGGACUGCCUCACGUACUUGACGUACUACGGCGUGUUGGUCCCGAACGCGUCGGAGAAGUACUUGAACGCGCUCUGGGGGAAGUUGGCUGCCGAGAUCCUCGUGUUCCGGUGGGAAGACGCCGUCGCGGACAUUGCGCGCAUCAACGAAGCGAUCGAUGCGUCCGUGCGGUCGCCGCUCGAGCAACUCCAGCAGCGCACGUGGCUGCUGCACUGGGCGUUGUUUGUCUAUGCGUGGCACGAGGACGGCCGCGACGGCAUCGUGGACUUCAUGCUUCAAUCCCGAUGCCUGGAAGCUAUCCAAACCAACGCGCCGUGGCUGAUGCGAUACCUCGCCGCGGGCGUGAUCCUGCACAAGAAGCGUCGGUACCUGAUCAAGGAACUGCUGCGCAUCAUCCACGUGGACGACAAGGCGUACCGGGACCCGAUCAUCGAGUUCCUCGAGUGUCUGUAUGUGCAUUUUGACUUUGAGUUGGCGCAGGCCAAGCUGCUCGAGUGCAAGCACGUGCUCGCGUCCGACUUCUUCUUGGCCGAGAAGAACAUGCACGCGUUCAUGGAGCACGCGCGUCUGCUCACGUUUGAGAUCUACUGCCGCAUCCACCACACGAUCGACAUUUCGCUGCUCGCAGACAAGCUGGCGAUGAAUGAGAAGGGCGACGCCGAGAAGUGGAUCGUGGACCUCAUCCGCAACGCCCGCUUGGAGGCCAAGAUCGACUCCCAGAAGGACGUGAUCGUCAUGGAUACGCGGUACGACUCGGUCUACCGCCAGGUGAUCACCAAGACCAAGGACCUCGCCGCCCGCACCACGACCAUGAUUGCGCAGUUUGACCGGCUCGGCAAGCGCCAGCAACAACAACGGGCUCAGUUUUAG